UCGACAGUACAUAUCAUCAGUGUCACUUCAUGUGCGUAUACACAGAGGGUCUGCUCUAACUGAGUGACACGGACGUGACUUGUUUUGAGAGCUCAUAAGACUUCUUUGCUCUAAUGUACCGUCCGCGUUCUGACCACAUCCUGCUGGUCCUAUGCCUCCUGUUUCUGCUCUGUGUCCAUGGCAACGCUCAAGACCAAGGCCCUACAUGUGAGGUGCGAGUGAAAAGAAACACCAUUUGGAAUGCUGUCCCUCAGAAAGCCCUAACAAUCAACUGCCCUGUGAGACACUGUGGAGAAAAGCUACACGCCACCUGGUGUAAAUUUGUGGAUCUAUUAAACUGCGAACAGAUACAUGAGACAGAGCAAGUCACAUUUGGAUGGAGGCAAAAAGAUAUUUUGAUUUUGCAUUUUAAAAAGAUAUCUAUCAAUGACGAUGGUUUGUACAGAUGUGGAGUUGCUGAAAAUGGGUCAACAACUGUUAGCCAUGCUAUCAAAGUCUCUGUCUCAGAUAGCAACCUGGAGAUUACAAGCACAGCAGACCACAACACAAAUGACUCAACGGGUGCAAAGCGUGAUAGGAAUGAUCCAAGCUUCAUGCCUUAUGUUUACAUCUGUGUGGGAAUAGUAGUCCUGGUGGUCAUUGUGACAGCAUUUUCUUUCUUCUGUCUACAUGCAUAUAAAGGCCCAAGCAGGUCAACCGAAAAUAGAACAAAGAAGCAGGAGAUGUCCACACUGGCAGCACCAUGUCCAGACCUCUCCUUCAACCACGAGGGAACCUUUCCAUCAUCGCCAUCCACCCCAAACCCCGUACAGCCUGCCAAUCUCUAUGACAACGGUCUCUACUGUAACCGCAUCAAUGGGGAAAAUGGAGCUCUACCAUCCUCCAACAACAGAGCAGAAGGUCAAGUGUCAAGCCACCUUGUGUAUGCUUCCCUGAACCACGAGACCACCAGGGGGUCCCUGAGAUCACCCCAUAUUCCGACCCCGCAGGAUACGUUCUCUGAGUACGCAGCCAUCCGGGUCUACUCAGCUCUGAGAGAGACCUCAGCCAGACCCUAACAGUACAGUGCUGUAAGUUGUGUUCUUUGAUGGUUGUUUUCACACAGAGGAAGAGGAAAGCUGAACAUUUUUGUUUAUGAAAAUUUGUCUCAUCGGGGGAUCUGUUUUCAUAUUAUAUUUUUUGGGGGAACUUUAUAUAAUUGUCACGCACUCAAUGACACACACUUCCUGGUGUAAUUGCAACGGUAAGCAAUGUGUUAACCGCAGUGCAGCAGUGUUUCAGAGAAGAAGAUGUAAAGGUGGAGGGUGACUGAGAGGUGUUAGAACUAGAGAGCAUGUGCUUCUGAGUGAACAUCCUUCACAUCACACCUCAGAGUUAGAGGAGCAUAGGUGUCGGUAACUCUCACUUCAAGAUAUUUCACACAUAAUGAUGGGAAAACCAUCAUUUGUUAAUUACUAUCAAGAAAUACAUGAUAUAUUCAAAAGUAUGUGGACACCUAUUCAAAUUAGUGGAUUUGGCUAUUUCAGCCACAAUCAUUGCUAACAGGUGUAUAAAAUUGAGCACACAGCCAUUCAAUCUCCAUAAACAAACACUGUCAGUAGAAUGGCCUUACUGAAGAGCUCAGUGACUUUCAACAUGGCAUCGUCAUAGAAUGCCACCUUUCCAACAAGUUAGUUUGUAAAAUUUCUGUCCUGCUAUAGAGCUGCUGUCAACUGUAAGUGCUGUUAUUGUGAAGUGAAACGUCUAGGAGCAAAAAAAUCGCACAGAACGGGACCGCCGAGUGCUGAAGAGCAGCUUGUAAAAAUCGCACAGAACGGGACCGCCGAGUGCUGAAGAGCAGCUUGUAAAAAUCGUCUCUCCUCGGUUGCAACACUCACUUCCGAGGUGUUGGCUGAAGUGAUGUAAAGCUCGCCGCCAUUGGACUCUGGAGCAGUGGAAAUGUGUUCUCUAGAGUGAUGAAUCACGCAUCACCAUCUGGCAGUCCGAUGGAUGAAUUUGUUUUUGGGGCUGAUUUUAAUAGUCCGGGCCAGCAAAAUUGCUGCAGCAAUGUCCCAACAUCCAGUGGAAAACCUUCCCAGAAGAGUGGAGGCUGUUAUGGUAGCAAAACGUUGACCAACUCCAUAUUAUUAUAAUUUCGGAAUGAGAUGUUCGACAAGCAGGUGUCCACAUACUUUUGGUCUUUUAGAGUGUAUUUUAAUGAUAAAAUCCAUGAGCUAUUUUGGUGAUUAUAAGUGAGGAUAUAAAAGUGGGAAAUGAUUCAUACCUAA